GCAAGUCCAGUGGAUUUGUACCCUUCCAGUGUCCUACUUCAAAGCUGCUUAGAAAAAUACGCCAUUUGCAAAAUCUGAGGCGCCAUCAUGAUCGUUGUGAGGAUCGUUAUGAGAAGGCUAAAAAAGAGAUAGCUGAGAGACAGAGGUCAAUCUUAAAAGGAAGACUGCCUUACCUGCAGGGGAAAGGGAUGGAUGACAUUGAGGUCAAUCCUGAAGAUGAAGUAGAAAUGAGUGAUGAUGAUUCCAGCGAAGAAACCAUUGCUGACCUACAUCAAUGCAAAGGCUCAACAACAGAGACUUCUAGGGACCAGACACUUCUGAGGCAAACACCAGAGUCAACCACCCUGGACAACAUGGAGGGCACUUCUGAGUCAACCACCCUGGACAACAUGGAGGGCACUUCUGAGUCAACCACCCUGGACAACAUGGAGGGCACUCCUGAGUCAACCACCUUGGAUAACGUACACAUGAGCAACACACAACCAAGACAUGCUGUGAAGGUGAGAAGCAAGUGGACAGGUGAUGAAGUGAAAGCUGUUGAGCGGCAUUUGCUUCAUUUCAUAACAAGCUGCAGAAUACCAGGUAAAAGGACUGUGACUCCUGCCUCCAAGCAGAGCCAGUAGCUCUGAAAGACAGAGACUGGGUUGCUAUCAAAUACUACAUCCACAACAGAAACGUAGCAUUAAAAAGGAAGAUGAAUAGAUAGAACUAGAGCAUGCCAACUGUAGCUCAGGUACCAUUCAAUUCCAAUUUCAAUCAGCUUCUCCUCAGAUAGUGUUUAUAUCUGUGGGUUUCAUGUUCAUAUUAUUUUAUUUUCCUUAAAUGAUUUAUAUUGUUGGUUCUUGUACAAACAUGCCACAUAGGCUCAACUGUAGAUCCCACAUGUUCGUAUGUUUAUGUAUAAUUGAGGGCUAUUAAUGAGCAUAUGUUUGCCACUUAUGGUCACAUUUUUUUGGAAUAACAGUUGAUGAUAUAGGUUAAUACUCUGCUCUCAUUGACAGGGAAAAGAGAUAAACAGUACUUAAAGGGAUUGUUAUUGUUCUUAAGUUUUCAGAAGCACUUUAUUCUUAACCACAAGUUGUUGAAUGUGGCAAGGUGUUUAAAUUACUGUUAAACUAUUCCAUUUCAAUGGGUGCUUGUAACAGGCCUCGUGUAUGGUAACUUGCACUAUGUAACUAUGAUGUAAAUCCCUACGUUAUUUAGACAGGUUAGCUGAAUGUACACUGUCAUGUUUCAUAGAAGCUGGAUGCUUUAAUAGAGAGUUUCUCAUUCAUUUCAAACAUGCCAUUUCUACUGCCUUGUGCAUAGCAGGGAAGGAGGCAAAGUGUAGGUAGUCUAUUCUGGGUGUUCAAUUGAUUUGUUAAUUUGCAUAUUUUCGCUGGCACUC